UCUAGCGGAAACUGAUGAAACUCGACUUGAAAAAAUACCGAUAAUAUAAUAAUAUCUUCUUUCUACCAAUACCAGGUUUAUUGAGGACGUCUUGAAGGAAUCGGCGGCAGAGGAUUCCCGCAUAUAAGUCUCACGAUGGCUACCGCUAUGCCCGUCCCAAAGAUAGUGCUGAAAAGCACUACCAAACAAACACUCAAUGAUCGAUUCACCAAGAUCAUCAAGAACCGACCCACGGUGACCGCCCAGCAGCGGACGGAGACCAUGAUCCAACAGCAGCAGGUGUCGGCAGCCAACAGGAGACUAGCCAUGCAGAUGGAGAACAGGAUGACCGUCCAGGCGGCCUUGCAGCCCCCCAGGCAACCCGGCAGGCAGUCACUGAAGCAGCGUCUAGGCCAGCCCAGUAUCCAGGGUCGUCUAGGCUCCCCAACGGGCCAGAGGGGACAGGGGAGGCAACGAGGGGGUCGAGGCAGGGGCUUCAGGGGUGCAGUCUUCACUCGUGGCGGCAGGGGCGUGGGGAGAGCCAUCGGAGCCAGAGGCGGAGUCAACAGAGGGGGGAUGGCCAUGCGGUCUAGAGGGCGUGGAGGACUGCGCGGAGCUCGGGGUGGACCGAUGGGACGAGGCGGACAGAUGGGGCGAGGCGGACGCGGUGCUGCCAGGGGACAGAUGACCGGAAGGGGGCGAGGCAUGCAGAGGGGUGGUAGAGGAGGUAUGAGAGGUGUCCGAGGUCGUGGGGCAGGCCAGCAGCAGGUCCGAGGCGGUAGAGGGCGUGGUCUCGGGCGUGGCCGCGGGCGUGGACGGGGCCGCGGCCGUGGUCGUGGAGCAGCCGCACCAGUCCAGCUGAACAAGGAGGAGCUAGACAACCAGUUGGACGAUUACAUGUCCAAGACAAAAACGGGAUUGGAUGCCGAGCUGGAUGCGUACAUGGCCGACGCCGACAUGGAAUGAAAGAAAAAAAUGAGAUAAUGUUAAAGGACAAUCCCUUUCGCCAGUGAUGUAGUCAAAUCCUUUACUUAAGUCAGACAGUUAUACUGAAAUACAAGGUGGUUUUAUAGUAGGAAUGAAACUUGAGAAACAAGAAAGUGUGGUCUGAGUACUUGGGACUUGUAUUUCAGGAAGGAAUCUGACUUAUUUGGAAAAAAAUGUUGGAAAUGUGUCAGUAUUUUCAAAAGGACUCGGACUCAAUCAUCCAUUUUUUGCAUUUUCAGAAUAUAACUCGUUUGGCAAAUAUUAGCUUUCAGAGAACGCAGCUUGAUACUUAUGCUCGAUUCCGCUCUCAUAAUAAAUUUCAGUGUAGACCAAUCUUGACACACAAUCACUGUUCACUCGUAAAGGUCCCAAGUAAAGCAUAGUGUUAUCUGCUGCCAUUAAUGGGAUCCUCUGUGAGUGUACAAUAAUCACAUGCCCAGAUAGGUGUAUACCUCAUAACUCGGGAAAAGGCUUUGACUACAACACUGUCUGACUGUAGCUAUUAUUGUUUGGUUCCUUGAACUUGAAGGCAAUGUAUAAUAACAUAUUGGAAUUGGUUGGCGAAACUCUUCAGAGGUACAUUUCUAGAUGAAAGUCUGAGCUAUUUGAUAUUGCCGAAAAGCAUUUAAAAAAAAAAAGUUUGCCUUUUUUUCAUAUACAUGUAUCUCUUUUACUUGUUCCAUCCUGCAUCGUGACCUAUCAGGGUUCAGUGUUUCAUAGUUGUUAAUGUGAAUAUGUGUAAAUUGCUGUGCAGAACUAGGCUUCCACUGUUAUGUUUGUACUCACAAUAUUACAUUUUUUAAUUUGGUCUUUUGUAUUGGUCCUUAGUUAAAGAUGACAGAUAUGUAAUGUUUGUCUGAAUGAUGGUUUUAUAUGAAACCUCAAACAAAGCUACCUAACUUGUAACAGUAGAUGUAUUUGUCCUUUGUUAUAAAUGGUAUGAACGUAGAGAGAAGUCACUGCGUUUCUUACUGAAAACGACCAUUUUCAUGGUUUAAAGAGAAAGCAUUUUAUACAGAUUGAAGUUAUCUUGAAUUUUUACAAGGUUUUUUUUUUAUCAGCAUCUUUUCUACAAUUUGCUCUCAAAAAGAAUUUCUGACAACCUAAAUAAGUAGAUCUUUCGAAACUCAUUCCUUUUUGUGGAACUGUUCGCAUUAUUUAAGCAUUCAAUUUUUAAUGUAAAUAUUUUCUGGAAUUUUUCUUUCAUUAUUUGCGUGUGUUUGUAUACAAUUUUGAGUGUGCAAUAGUGAUGCACUGUAAUGUCUGUCUUUUUGUAGGUUUCAAAUUCUGUAAACAAUUUUAGUUGCUUCCAAGUUGUCUUGCGUACUUCCAUAAUCCCUUGAAUCUUGAAACUAUAAAGACAGCAUUAUUUGAGCCAGGAGCUGUGUUUCAAAGUGAAGCAGAAGAUAAUUAAGAAACAAAACGUCCACAUUUACCAGCAUUGUGUAUAAUGAAGACAAUGUGAGCUCUGAAAGUAUUCAAUCUCUAGUUAGACAAAAUGCCUGAAUUUGACACAUUGGUGCCCAUAUUUUGGCAGGUCUAGACUCCUGCAAACCAUUGCGCAGAUUUCAGGUAUUUGGUCUAAGAAAUAGAAAUGUUAUCCUCGUUGGGGUUCGCAGUGAAAAGGUUUUAUAAACAACUGGUUAAGUAAAAUUACAUGAAGAAUCACUUGGAACAAUUUGAAAUGAAAAAUAAAAAUUAAGUGCCGCUUUGGAAGCCCAG